AUGGAGCAUUGGAGCAAGACUUCAUUAAUGGAGCCUUUUCCAUUGGGAGGAAGGCGAAAAAAGCGAGACAUGAAGGAUGUUGAUGGUGAUCAAGGCCCUGUCAGCGCCACCAAGGCUCAGAAAGUUGAGAAAAGUUUCCCCAUUGUUCGAGUCCCGCACGGAAUUUUCAUGAGGCCAGUGGAUACUAAUCAAGGGAUGAUCAAUAAGGAACUUCCAGAAAUCCAGGUUAACCACAUUAAGUCUCCUAAGUUCUUGAGGGACUUGAUUUUCAAUCUUCAAGAUGGAACCUUGGUACCUAAGCUUGGUCAUGAACAAAAAGCAAGUAGUUCCAAAAACAUUCCAUCUUCUUCAAAGCAUCAUGAAAGCAGUGAUAUAAGAACAAGAAUUGAACCACCUGUCUCAACAAUUGAUAAUGAAAAUGAAAUCCGAGAACUGAAAAAAGAUGUGAUCCAAGAGAAUUCUAAGCCACAAGGCCUGAGGUCCUCUACUAGCAGUUCCGAUCAGUCUCUGGCUCGUAAGAAAGUGAAGGACAUCUUACACCAUUUUCGGCACUACGUUGAGCAUCUCUCUAAGGAGGAGACGAGGCCUGAAUUUGCAGCAUCAAACAUGAUAAAGAAAAAAUUUUGGUACCCGCAUGUGCCAAUCCUAGGGUCAGUUCCGGGGAUAGAGAUUGGAGACAGGUUCCACAACCGCAUGGAAAUUCAUGUUUUAUGCCUCCAUCGUCCACCACAAGGAGGAAUUGAUUGGAUGAAUUAUGGAAGAAGAAAGGUUGCUAUUAGUGUGGUUGCUUCUGGGGGAUACAGUAAUCAUAUGAGCAAUCAAGGUACCUUAAUUUAUUCUGGGCAAGGGGGAAACCAGUAUGGACCUGGUACUCAGGGGAAGGCAGAAGAUCAGAAGCUCAGCAAAGGAAAUCUUGCAUUGAUGAAUAGUAUUGUGAAAAAGAAUCCUGUGAGAGUAAUUCGGAGAAGCGAAAUAUCUGGGCACUACUUUUAUGAUGGAUUGUACACUGUGGAGGAGAUGUGGAAGGAGAGAGGCAACCAUGGAAAACUGAUUUUCAAGUUCAAAUUGGUGAAAAUCCCAGGACAAGUCAGCCUCAGCAACCAAAGAAACUAG